AUUAUUUUCAUUUACUUUUAGUUUUUAAAAAAAAAAAUGAGUGAUUGGAGUGAAUUAAAUAAAGAACAAUGGGCUGAAGAAGGUAGAGCCGUUGACGAUUUAAAAGAUGCUUGGGAUGACGAAGAAGAAGUAGAAGAAGUUGAAGAAGAAAAAGUUGAAGAAAAGAAACCAGAAAAACCAGCUGUUAAACAAUUAACAAAGAAAGAAGCUUUAAAGAAAGCUAUUGAAUUAAAAGAAAAAGAAGAAAAAGAAAGUAGAAAUAACCCAGCUUCAGAAUUUGAUAUCUAUAUGGAAGAAAAGAGAAGAAAGGAAUUACAAGAAGCAGCAGAUUUAGAAAACAGUAGAACUCUUUUCUCUGGUGUUUCAGUUAGAGAAACCACCCCAUCUGAACCAAUUGGUUCAUUUGUCCCAAAAACUGAAAAGGAAUUUGAAAAAUAUGCUGAUAUUGUUUCUGAUUAUUUAACUAAAUACGAUUCAUCAAUUCAUUAUGCUAGUUUCUUUAAACAUUUAAUUAAAAAAUCAUUAGCUAAUGUUCCAUCAAAUGAAUUAAACGAUAUUUCAAAAGCUUUAACUGUUGUUAUUAACGAAAAAAUUAAAAAUGAAAAAGCAGGAAAAGGAAAGAAGACAACCAAAGCCACUGCCAAGAAAUCACUCCAAAUGGGCAGCGAACUCGAAAACUAUGAUGAUUUCGAUGACUUUAUGUAAAAAAAUUUAAAAUAAAAUAAUAAUAUUAAAAUAGUAC